CCCGGCACUGCGCGCCGGAAGUGACGUUCGGCAUUGGAAGCGCCGCCGGGAGGCCCCCGUGAGGGCAUCGGCACCGGGCCCGGGCCCGGGCCCCGCAGCAUGGACCCCGCGGCCGAGCACCAGCAGCAGCUGCGCAGUCUGCGAGACUUCCUGCUGGUCUACAACCGCCUGACCGAGCUCUGCUUCCGCCACUGCGUCUGCAACCUCAACCACCGCCUGCUCACCGGGCACGAGGAGCAGUGCCUGGAGGGCUGUGCAGGGAAGCUGGUGCAUGCCAACCACCGCCUGGUGCGUGCCUACGUGGCCACCAUGCCAAGCGUCCUGCAGCGCCGUGCCCAGCAGCUCCAGGAGCCACCACCCGGAGCCUCUCCCAGCCCAGCAGCAGCAGCAGGCCCUGGCGAGCCCUGGCAGGGGAGUGCCAGUGCCAGGACAUAGCCCUGGGUGCCUUCCUGUGCCUACGAUGCCAGCAGAUGCCAGUGCCCGGAGCUGCAGUGCAAGCCUGGCACACAGUGCCCAUCUCGGCGCGGAGCUGAGGUCCUGCACCAAGACCAGCCUGGAGGGUCUUGAGUGUCCCACAGUGGCACCAGGAGCCCCCUGGCAGCGACUGUGCCAGGAUGUGGGACACUAAGAACAGGCAGCACCGGCCCCGGGGCUGCCAGCCUGGUACUGUGCCAGCACUGCCCUGCCCCAGACCUAGGCUGGAGCCAAUAAAGGUCCUGGGGGUGA